AUGCCAGACGACGUGGCCGAUGGAACAUGGAAGCCGUGUCGCAUAAUGUAGCUCGAGUUUUCGUAAGACUGCGAUAUGUCAUGUCAAACUGAUCAUUUGUAAAGGUGUUUUUAAUAAGCCGGAUCCUCGUUUGGUCUCCCUAAUUUAUUUAAUGUGACAAACGUGAACAUUCGAACCGAAUCAUGGGGUUGUGCAAGUGCCCGAAGAGAAGAGUCACAAAUCUAUUUUGUUUUGAACACCGUGUCAAUGUUUGCGAACAUUGCAUGGUUACAAAUCACCCAAAGUGUAUCGUACAAUCGUAUAUUCUGUGGCUGCACGAUCACGAUUACAAUCCAAUUUGUACACUAUGCUCAGAGAAUUUAAGCGAAGGGGAUUGUGUCCGGUUGACUUGUUAUCACAUGUUCCAUUGGGUGUGUUUGGACAAGUUUGCCAGGGAAUUGCCAGCAACGACAGCACCAGCUGGAUACACGUGUCCAAGUUGUAAGGAAAGAAUAUUUCCUGAUUCAAAAUUGGUUUCCCCUGUGGCCGACGUGCUCAGAGAAAAAUUGGCUGGCGUAAAUUGGGCACGUGCUGGCUUAGGUUUACCUCUGCUCAGUGAAGACAGGGAACAGAAGCCUGAGCAAGAUCACGGUUCGUCCAGAACUGAAACCACGUCCUAUCAGAACCAUUCAAUAAAUGCUUCAUCAUCGACUACAGCUACUUCGCGUUCCAACAGUAGCGUUAAUUCCGUGCACAGCAACAUGAACAAUGUGCAUUUAAACAAUCAAAAGGUUGGACCACCCUAUUCGAUUGUAAAUAUCGAUUCAUCAAUGGGAAUGUCCCAGUCGACGUCGAGAAAAGUCUGUGAGGCUUACGACGAUCCGAAGGAAAUAUCGUUCGAUCACGACGAGAAUAAAUACAGAAGGAAAUCCGCCAUCGAAUGGUUUCUGAGGUGGUGGAAACUAGUGAGUCCGCCGACUCGGCGGAGAAACGCCCCCGGAUCGAUAUACAAGAGAUACGCGAUGUUUGGUGUCAUGGGAAUAUUGGCUUUUAUUGGAAUACUAAUUUUAUUCUCAUGGCUCGGAAGAAUGGCUACGGAAGGUGACCCGAGUUACGAUCUUCGCGAGAACCCUAAUGUUCUGGUCGCCGGUAAUCCUGGUAUUUAAUAUAUUCCGGCCUUCAAAAUGAAAAUCCAAACGAGACCAUGAAAAUAUUAAAUGAACCAAGAGAUGAGACGUGCAGUGCAAUUAUCGAACACGCAUUAAUAGGAACUUGUAAAAUAAGUAUUCAGAUCGGCUACCAGUCGAUAACGUGUUAACAACAAUAUGAUUUGAUAGCUUGAAGUACAGUGUACUGCUAGCCUUAAUAUUUGUUAAUUUUUAUGUAAAAUAUACCGUAACACUAAGCUGUAUAUUACGCUCUGUAAAGACUCGUAAAUUUACAACGUUUUCCGUAAUGAUCAUACAAUAUCGUUAGUUUUUUAUACUAUUAAAAUUAAUUAAAAACGAAAAGAGAUAUAAAAAAAAUCGCUGCCAGUCCCGUUGAAAUCAACGAGGAAUCAACUGAGGGCAUAAAACACUUUGUAAUUGUGAUACCGACUCGAAUUAGGGACGCACCAUUACUUUGCGUUAUUACAUUUAUUUUAAAUCAUAGAUGUAAUUUAUUAAAAAUGUAGACCUUAUAAUAUCCAUCAGAAUAUUUUCAUUCCCACUCAAGGGAGUGCAUACCUAUGUAUAUAUUAAAAAAAAAAUACAUCAUGUUGUCCAUCAACA